UACAUCAGUACCUUCUUCUGUUUUGACGGCCUGACAAACCCUCAAGAAACAGGUCUUAAGGACAGAAAACAAGAUGUUUUUGAAUUUGGGCAUACCGGUUAUCAGUGUUUUGACUGCUAUGGGUUUUUGGAAUUGUGAUGCACAAGUGUGUGGUCGAGCUCCCCUGGCCAACAGGAUUGUGGGGGGGAGUGCUGCACAGGAAGGGGCAUGGCCAUGGCAAGUGGAUAUUCAGAUUAAUAAGAGCCAUGUCUGCGGGGGGUCCAUCAUAGCUAAAGACUGGGUGCUGUCUGCCGCGCACUGUUUCCCAAAUCCGUCUGCUCUGUCCUUCUAUCUGCUUUACAUGGGCCGGUACCAGCUCAAUGGCGUUAAUCAGUUUGAGGUGUCCAGGAGCGUUCGCCGGGUGGUGGUUCCAUCGAAAUAUUCAUCCCCAGACAAGGGGCAGGAUAUGGCAUUGGUCCAGCUGGCAUCCCCUGUCAACUGGACAGACCAAAUCCAGCCUAUCUGCCUGCCUGAUAUGGGCACACUCUUCCCCGGUGGCACUCUGUGUUAUGUAACAGGCUGGGGUAACAUAAAGGAAGGGGUGUCUCUGCCAGGACCUGGGACCCUACAAGAGGUGGAGGUGCCAAUCAUUGGGCAGGCUUCCUGUCAGUCAAUGUUCCAGGUCCAGUCUUCCUCUGACACACUGCAGAUCCUGUCUGACAUGAUCUGUGCAGGUUUUCAGAACGGGGGCAAGGACUCCUGCCAGGGGGAUUCGGGUGGACCCCUCAUGUGUCGUAUGGAGAGUGGGAUCUGGGUGCAGGCAGGGGUGGUGAGUUUUGGACUGGGCUGUGCUCGGCCAAACUUGCCCGGGGUCUAUUCCAAGGUGUCCGCUUUCUCAGACUUCAUCCGACAGAAUAUUCCAGGGAUCCAGCUCUACAGCCAUGCCUCAACAAACUGCACAACUGGGUUGAUGGUACUGGCCAAUACCCUGCUGCUGAUGCUGCUGAUUAAAUAG